UAUCGUACGUCCGUGUCCGUAUAUCAAUUUUUGGGUUCCACAUUCAUAACGCUUCUGAUUUCUGAAUACAACUUGCUGUUUGUCUAACAGAUUACAUUACUAUUCCUUGUGUUUAUUACAGUCAAGUAGACAACAGCACGUAGGGCGUACGCCGUGCAUCGAUUCCAAUCUGCCAUUUUUGUGGCUUGUGGGUAAUUUAAGUUUGGAUCAAUAAAAUACAACAUUGUUUAUAUUAAUCUACGACAGUCCUGAGCAAAAUCAUUAUGAAGUUGGUCAAGUUUUUGAUGAAACUAAGUCAUGAAACGGUGACAUUAGAACUGAAAAAUGGUACUAGUGUUCAUGGAACCAUUACAGGAGUUGAUGUAGCUAUGAACACUCACUUGAAAACUGUUAAAAUGACUAUGAAAAAUAAUCAGCCAAUACAUUACGAUACACUUAGCGUCCGUGGUAAUAAUAUACGGUACUUCAUUUUACCAGAUUCACUAACCCUUGAAACAUUGCUAGUUGACGAUGCACCUAAAUCAAGGUUAAAUCGUAAUGGGCGAGGAACUCGUGGAGGAGCCGGAAGAGGAGGUCGUGGACGUGGAGGUCCAAGAGGACGAGGAGGUCGCGGAGGACCUCGCGGUGGUGGAAGUCGAGGACGUAGUGGUGGACCACCUCGGCGUUAAAAAUAUAAUUCAUGUUCCUAAUAUAUUAGAAAACAUUUUAAAUAUAUUAUUUUACAUAUUUUAAAUUUUUAGUGCAUAUUUAGCUGAUUUUUAGCUGUGUGUAAAUCCAUGCUCUACUAUAUAUUAGAAAAAAUCCUAUUGAAUAUCUUUUAUUUUUAUUUUUUCGACCUAAAGAAAUUUGAUACCUGCUGGAUUUUCUACCGAAGUAGACCUAUCUUAUGCUAAUUGUAGGUAUCUACCUUGUUACUAUCCCAGCAAUAGAAUACAUUUUCUGAAAAUAUAUUUUAAUUUGUCAAUAAGUUUAGUUGGAAACAACUUAACCACUUUUUAAAAAUGUUAAUAAUAUUUAAUUUGAAAAAAUAAGUUAAAUAACUUCAUGACGAAUACAAAUAUUAUAUUUUAAAAGAUUUUAUCUGAUAAAUAGUUUGUUAAGGUGAUUCGAUACUGUGAUUUUCUGUUUUUGUCUAACACACGUGUGAUCUAAGAUAUUAGACUGGUUCUUGUCAAACAUACCAUUUAUUGAUCUAACGAAGAAAUAAGAAUUCUAAAGAUAGAUUUGAAUUUGUCGUCAAGUCUACUUGAAACCAACUUUCCCAUAUUUUUGAUUCUAACUUCCACAAAAAUGAAAUACGACAAUUCUUAAAUACUUUUUUUUAAUAUGACAUUUUUAGGAAAUCAGGAGUAUAAUAACAAAAAUGUGGAUAAGUCGAUUUCAAGUAGAGUCUGAUCUGUUUCUAGAAUUCUUAUUACUUCAUUCGAUCAAUUGGUAAUGUUUGACAAAAAGCACGUCUAAAUUACCAUGUCGCGCGUGCAUUGGAAAAAAAAUCACGGUAUCAAAUCUCCUUAAAAAACUGAAAAAAAUAUUGAUACUUUAGAAAAAAAAAAAA